CCUCCCCCUCCCUUAAACCCUCACCAUACCCUCAAAACACUUGCAUUGCAAGAAUUCAACAACCAUAGCCCUCUCCCUCUCUUUUUCCAUCUCUAGCAUUUCUUGUUUUGUCUUCAAGAAUGGCAGAGGUGGCACAAAACGUGAGUCAAGAACAAGUGGUGGUGGUAACUGAUGUUCCACAAGCUGAGAAAACAACACCAGUGCCACCAACAAUGCCAGUGGUGGGGAAAGAGCUACCAUUGCCCGUGCCUGAGACUGAGGAGGUGCCAAUGAAGCCAAAGCAGGUUGAGGAGUCUGUUGUGGAGACUGAGGAUUUGAAAGCUAGUGGAGGUGAUGAUGAGAAGAUGCCUCAGUUGGUUUCUUUUAAGGAAGAAAGUACUAAAGUUGCUGAUCUUCUUGAGUCUGAGAAGAAAGCACUUCAAGAAUUUAAGAAACUUGUUCAGGAAGCACUUAACAAGCAUGAAUUUAGUGCUUUAACAACAACACCAGCACCAGCUAAAGAAGAGAAGAAGAAAGAUGUGGUGGUGGCCUCGGAGGAGGAGAAAAAACCAGCCCAAGAAGAGGAAACACCGGCAGUAAUAGAGGAGAAGGAAAACGUGGAGCCUAAAGUUGUAGCAGAGAAAGAAGAGAAGAAAGAAGUGGUGGAAAGUGAGGUUCUUGAUGAUCAAGAAAAGGUGGCUCCCGUUCCUGCUGUUGCUAGUGAUACUGCUGCAGUUAGUACUGUGGAUGAUGAUGGUGCCAAGACUGUAGAAGCCAUUGAAGAGACCAUUGUAGCUGUCUCCUCUUCACUGGCUUCUUCACAAGAGGAGACUUCAGCUCAGGCUACAAAAGAGCCUGAGGGAGAGACAAAGGCUGCCUCAGCAUUGGAUGAGGGAGCCAAAGAAGUUAAGUCUGAGACUGUGGUGGAAGUGACACCAGAGAUAGUAUCAAUCUGGGGCAUAACGCUUCUUGCUGAUGACAGAAGUGAUGUGAUUCUAUUGAAAUUUCUUAGAGCCAGGGAUUUCAAGGUGAAAGAUGCCUUCACCAUGCUCAAGAACACAAUUCGCUGGAGAAAGGAGCUCGGCAUUGAUGAAUUGCUUGAACAAGAUUUGGGCUGUGAUGAUUUGGGGAAGGUGGUAUUUAUGCAUGGUCUUGACAAAGAGGGACACCCGGUUUGCUACAAUGUCUACGGGGAGUUCCAAAACAAGGAGCUUUACAAGAAUUCAUUAUCUGAUGAAGAGAAGAGGCAGAGAUUCUUGAGGUGGAGAAUUCAAUUCCUGGAAAGGAGUAUUAGGAAAUUGGAUUUCAGUCCUGGUGGAGUCUCUACCAUUGUUCAGGUUAAUGACUUGAAAAAUUCUCCUGGACCAGCUAAGAGAGAGCUUAGACAAGCUACUAGACAGGCACUUCAAUUGCUUCAAGACAACUAUCCAGAAUUUGUGGCCAAACAGAUCUUCAUCAAUGUGCCCUGGUGGUACCUCACAGUCAAUAGAAUGUUAAGUCCAUUUUUAACUCAGAGAACCAGAAGCAAGUUUGUCUUUGCUGGUCCUUCCAAAUCUGCAGAAACCCUCACCAGGUACAUAACUGCUGAGCAAAUACCAGUGAAGUAUGGAGGACUAAGCAAAGAUGGUGAAUUUUGCACAGCUGAUGCUGUUUCUGAGAUUACAGUGAAGGCAUCAGCAAAGCACACUGUAGAAUUCCCAGUUACUGAGACAUGCCUUCUGACUUGGGAAAUGAGAGUUGUGGGAUGGGAUGUGAGCUAUGGCGCCGAAUUCGUACCAAGUGCUGAGGAUAGCUACACAGUGAUCAUCCAAAAGGCUAGAAAGGUUGCUAUAACUGAAGAACCAGUGGUUAGCAACAGUUUUAAAGUUGGUGAACCUGGUAAAGUUGUUCUCACCAUUGACAAUACCACUUCCAAGAAGAAGAAGAAGCUCCUCUAUCGCUUGAAAACCAAGCCUUGUUCUGAUUAAUUAACGCACUGUAGUGAAACAACAACAGAAGAUUUUGCUUACAUUCUUGCUGCUGCCGAUAUUACCAACAUGAUCAUUCACAUCUUGAAGGUGUUUAAUUUGAGGCUCUUGAUUAUUAUGGAGGAGAAGACAUGGAAAUCUUGAAGCUGCUAUUCUUAUGUUUAAUUAUAUUUUUGCUAUGAUGAAAUUUGUUUUGGAUUUUGGGAAUGGAUCAAGUAGAGAUUGUGUGGGGAUAGGGAAGAAGCUCCAAUAAUAGUGCCAAAAGAAUCAUGCCAAGAAUUUUCUUUGUAAAUUCUUUAUGGCUUUCUUUUUCUCCUUCCAUGUAAUUAAAUAUUUAUCUUUUGGACAUACUAUGUUUUUAUUGAUAUUAACGAGGACUAUUUUUUCUUA